GAAGAGAAUACAGGACAUAAUCGACUGCCUUUGGUGGCCCAUUUACUUGUGGAUAUGGCAGCCUUCCCUUUGUUUGACUUCCCAUUCAAGAGGCGCACGGUGGGGGAGAGGUAGGGGGACACCGGCUCUCCCCCAACGGCUCUCCGAACUCACCAUGAGCUAACUUCUGGACUUGCUCGAGGACAUCAAUAAUGGGGAUCACGGAGACAAGUCGAGAGGUUUGAAUCAUUGGGAUCAAGUGUCUUUACCCUUUCCUCCUCCUUCCUGCUCCUUCCUUUGCCCCUUACACCCUACACUGGUGCAUCAGAGAUGCUACGGUAAAGACAGUGGGACAAUGUCUGGGUAGAUAAAGUAUUCGCAACUACCCCCGAAGGCAACAAUUUGGAACUUGCUCUUUUACUCAGGAUAUCCUUGAGACCCCACACCUACCCCAUUCCCGUAGCGACUUCCAUGUCAGUGGCUACGAUAAAAUACUUGCCAGACAGUGAUAAUGCCUCUGAUGCCACCACAGAGGCCAGCAAACUUGGCACAUUUUCACCUGGGGACUCCUAGAGAUCUCUUCCUCCUUUUUUAGACCCUUAGCAUUAAAUUGGUACAACACAGACAAAACUGCAGAACUACAAGCCAGUGUCUGGUGUAAAAUACUGCUUGGACAGCUCCUUCAGGAGAAGUGAGUCUCUGGUGUUAAAUUUCCCACGUUGGGAGCUGCCGCCUCUCCAAGGAACCUGGCAAAUUUGGCACCUUAAAACCAAGCCACAACACCUGUGGCAGUAUCGCUUAUAAAGUUGCCACUGUGGCACAGAAUCUGAACGAUUUGCAGGUCAACUUCCAAACCAACACUAUUUCCUUUUACCACGUCGUGAACUUUUUGGGACUGAUCCCUUGGCUGACUUGAAUCCAACUUCCCACCCCUGGUCCUGGAAUUCCCUUACACAUAGCCGAUACCGCAGAAGCCGGCGAAUUUGGAACCUUUCACACAGGACAUCAUUGACGCCAAGCAUCAGAGACUUAAGCUACAUCCUUGUUACUGUUUUAAGUUGAAGUCCUCUUGGCCAGUUUGGAAUUCCCUUAAACAGAGCCAGGGUACUGUGAAUGGGGGCUUCUGUCACCAUGAUGUUCAACAAUAUCCCGUCAUUGGGGUCCAGCAACGUCUCGGCGGGCAACUGGAGCUGCAGCAAGAAUGAUGACUUCAAGUACCCGCUGUACAGCACGGUGUUCAGCUUGGUGUUCAUGGUUGGCCUCAUCACCAACGUGGUGGCCAUCUACAUCUUCACCUGCUCGCUCAAGCUGCGCAACGAGACCACCACUUACAUGAUGAACCUGGUGGCGUCCGACCUGCUCUUCGUCUUCACGCUGCCCCUGCGCGUCUUCUACUUCAUCAACCGGAGCUGGCCCUUCGGCAGGGUGCUUUGCAAAGUGUCCGUGUCGCUUUUCUACACCAACAUGUACGGAAGCAUCCUCUUCCUCACAUGCAUCAGCGUGGACCGCUUCCUGGCCAUCGUCCACCCCUUCCGCUCACGGACGCUGCGCACAAAGCGGAACGCCAAGCUGGUGUGCGCCGCCGUUUGGGUCCUGGUCCUCUCGGGCAGCGUGCCCACAGGCUUCCUGCUGGACCCCACAUCCCGGCAGCACCACCACACCAACGCCACCUUCUGCUUCGAGAACUUCUCCUCCAACCAGUGGAAGUCACACCUCUCCAAGAUGGUCAUCUUCAUCGAAACGGUGGGCUUCGUCAUCCCGCUGCUGCUCAACGUGGGCUGCGCUGUCAGAGUGCUGCAGACCCUGCGGCGCCCCCACGCGGUGAGCCAAGGCGGGGGCAAGCUGAACAAGACAAAGAUCCUGCGCAUGAUCGCCGUACACCUCACCACCUUCUGCUUCUGCUUCAUACCCUACAACGUCAACCUGGUCUUCUACUCCCUGGUGCGCACCAAGACCCUCAAGGGCUGCUUCGCAGAGUCGGUGGUGCGCACCAUCUAUCCAGUGGCGCUGUGCAUUGCGGUCUCCAACUGCUGCUUCGACCCCAUCGUCUACUACUUCACUUCAGAGACCAUCCAGAACUCCAUCAAGAGGAAGUCACUGGUAGGGCGGCCGUGCGACGCCAAGUUGUCUGAGGCGCUCCAGUCGGAAUCGAGCUCCCACCUGCAGUGCAGCUUGAAGAACCUCAAAGCCAAGAUGCUACACAAUGAAUCCCCGGUGUGACACUCUCUUUUACCCUUUUUUUGCAAGUUCUAAAUGACAACAUCCAGUACGGGGAACUUGCCUCUGUGGAUUUGUGAGGCCCUUCACAUACUCCUUGUUGUCCUUCCGAUGAGGAUUAUACUGUCAUUGUGCGACUGAAUGGAAGGGAGCGAGAACUCUUAAUAGUGCAUGUGUAUUUGUUAAUAACUGUAGCACACCAAAAUUAAUAGUUAUAUGGAGGUGAAGGUCCCGUGGGUUGUUUGUGCAGUGGAUGAAAUUCUUUAAUAAACCAAUCCAUUCACACCAGAAAAACAAAACAAAACAGCAGUUUAUUUUAGAUAUCUGAAAAAUGUACAUAGACAAGGAGCAGAGGUGGUAGACAGAAGUCACAUGACUUUGAGAAUCCAGAGACCGGUUUGGGACUCUAUGAUUGUGAAUGUGUUAGUACAGUUAACUAAUGCAAAUCCAGAUACCGAAUAUGAAGUGUCUAAUGUCGUGUGUGACUGAGAAAGACUUUUGAAUAUUAUGACCUGCUUAAAAUGUUAAAAUUUGAAGACUUGAGACUGCACGUAUGUUUUUUUUUUUGCACCCACUUCUACACACUCUGACUGUGAGGAAGUGCGUGGCUAGUAUUGCUCGGGCGGGCAUUACUAACUUCCUUUGCGGAAGUUUUGCGCAACCUUUGAGCAAAACUGUACACGCGGCAGACACUUAAUUGGGUACACCCCGCAUGCAUUAUGAUUCCGGUAGAUCAGCGCAUAGGAGCUGUGAAAAAUAUCUGCACUUGUAACUCUCCUGUUAUGUCAAUGAAAGUGAAGUACCUUCUCACUUUUUUGUGUGAGGUUAAAUAAGUUCUUAUGAUAUAUGACAUGUAGUGCCAUUUUACCGGGUCCCUUUUAGUCUCUUGUGUCACGGCUGGGUCAAAAUGUUGAAUGUGCCGUGUAUUGUAGGAAGAAAGUGUUUGCAAAUUCCAAAGUACAGUAAUUUCAAAAAUCUACAUGGACAUAAAAAUAAACAGAGACACCAGUUCAAUCCCAGAUUUAGUAUACAGUAUAUUUAUAUUUUUGUAAGUGUAUAUUAAUUUAAUUCAUUAACACGGGUCAGUUUGACCCACAUAAACCCAAGGAGAUUGCAAAUAAAUUUAAUAAAACAACAAGAAAAUAACACACACACACACACACACAAUGAGAACUUUUAUCCAGUUUAUUUUAAUUUCUGAUUUAUAAUUAUAGAUUUUUCAGAACGUUAACGUGCAGAGGAGAAGUAUUAAGGCACGGUUUCCACAUUUAAAGAUAAAUUUUAAAAUUUAUAAAUAUAUUUUUUUAAAACAAAAGGCCAGCAUAGAGGUUUUAUUUAUUUUAAUUUUUUUAUUUGAAAAUGUAUAAUUUGUAAUGAUUUAUUGAAUAAUUUCCUUUCUUUUUACAUUGCUGGAUAUUCAAAAAAUAUAUAUUUUUUAGAUUUGAAACAUUUGCAUUUGUCUUGGGACAUGGCAGGAGGGUUACAUUUGCAACUUAAAAAUGAUAUGAAAUAAAGUUUUAAAAUAAAGUUAGCAGCAGCAGUUGUAUUUUUUUAAUAUUUAAAAAAAAUUUUUAAAUUUUCUUUUAAAACAUCAACAUGAGUCCAUUUUAGCCACAACAUAACAGAAAAGAUUGUAUAUGUGUUUGGAAUUUCAAAACAUAAGAAAAAAAAAUAUUUAUAUAUUGAUGUCAACAGAAGAUGCUGUCCAAAAUACGCUCAAGUGUUAUUUUCCUGAUUUUUUUCAAUAGGUCAACAUAGCAGGAGAGUUGGGGUGUUAGCAAAUUCUACAUUUUUAAUAAAUAGGGGGAAAAAAGCACGCAGAAUUUAAAGACAAAAAUGAAAAAGGGUUAUUUUGACAUGCAACAGUACAGAAUGGAUCAAGUCUUGCAAGAUAACAGGAGAUUUAGGUGUUUGCAAACUCAAGAAUGAUGUUUAAAAAAAAAGGAAAUGGUAAAAAAAAAAAAAAAGUAAUUUUCUUCACAUUUUUGACAUUUUGUGAUUAAAAAAUUGCUCAGUUUUGAAUAACAUGAGAGAAUUGUUUGUCAGGGAUUCCUGAGACGUCUUUCGCUGAGUGCUUGACGGUUCUCGUGUGGCUUAACCGUUGGUUACUGAAGAAAGUAAAGAUUUCAAUUGUGCAGGUAAGCCAAAAAAUGUGGUCAGCGCACGCAACUAUCUCAGCAAGAACCGGCUUAAAUGGAUCAGCUGGAACAACAGAGGGUCUUUGAGGUUGAUCUUCAUCUUUCUUGGCACACUACAUGAGGUCUUUGAGGAACAUCGUAACGAAUACUUGGAAAAAUGCAAAGCCGACGCCUGACCGUGACGAUUUCACACGGAACGGGCCCGUCAAGGAUACGGUGCUCAAAACGCUGUUGUGAAAGCAAACAAAACGGACCAUGAAGUUUUUUUUUUUUUUUUUUUUUUGCCAUGGCGCAGACGGGCACAAACCAGUUCAGAGUAAAGUAACAGCCUGGAAAUUGUAUACGUUUAUAGAAACCCAAAAUUUACAUUCAUUGUCAGACACCUUCAACCCACCUAAAAUAAAUAAGUGACUCGUGACCACGCCCACCAAAUCAUUUUAUGUUGUGGGAAG